AUGUCGUCGGCCUAUAGCUUUGGCACUAUUAUCGACCGUGUACAAUCUCUAUCCUUGAAAACUAUUGCUGGUGUUGUCAUUGGUUGCUCGAUACUCUUUUACUGGCGAUCCAAGCUUUCCAGUCGGCAUUUGCGAAAAAGUAGCACGCUGGGUGGAACACGCAAUCUGGGAAAUGAAAUUGUCAUUGUUACCGGUGGCAGCGGUGGUAUUGGCCAACACAUAUCUGAGCAACUUGCACGCGAGAAAGCCCGGGUUUUAAUUCUCGACAUCAAAGCGCCUGAAUUUCAGCUUUCUACCGGCAUUGCCUUCUACAAGACAGAUAUAACAUCAACAAAGGAUGUCGCCAGGGUUGCCUCUGAAAUCCGUCAUUUAUAUGGAGAUCCUACGGCUCUUGUGAAUGCUGCAGGCGUCUUCAAUCGUGGAUCACUGCUUGAAAACGAUGAACGGGAGAUCCGUGAGACUUUCGAGGUGAACACCUUGUCGCACUUCUUCCUUGUGAAGGAGUUCCUGCCAUCCAUGAUACAGAUGAAUCGAGGUCACAUCAUUACCGUCGCAAGUGCUGCAAGCUUUGUGACGGUGGCCGAAAUGAUGGCGUACUGUUGCACGAAGGCCAGUGCACUGGCUUUCCACGAAGGACUCGGGCAAGAGCUAAAGCAUUGGUACAAUGCGCCAGGCAUUAAAACAAGUAUCAUCCAUCCACUUUGGGUCCAGACCUCUUUGAUCAAAGGGUUUACUCAAUACCAAUCCCAUUUUUCUCAGCCUGUUAUGAGUCCGGAGGUAGUUGCUGAAGCUGUUGUUGAGCAAAUUGUGUAUCAGAAAAGUGAUCAAGUCUUUUUACCUAAGAGGUUAUGGCUAGCUGGAUGUUUGAGAGCUUUCCCGCGGGGAAUACAGGAGAUGAUUCGAUCAUCUUACUCCCAGGUCAUUUGGCGAGUGAGGAAUGCACGACUCGCUGAUAAUGCAGGUGGCAAGUGA